AUCCAGAAAUCAUUUCUUUUUAACGCUGCAUCAUGCAAAACGUAACUUAGUGUACAUUCUGUUGGUCGACCUAAGCAAGCUAACGGUAGCUUUGUUUCACUAGUUGGACCUUGUAGCAGUCAACGCAGUUUGCGCAGAAAAAUGAACAACAUGGGCAAGAAGCAGAAUACCAAGGGUAAGAAGGAUUCGCAGGAGACACAGGAAGAACCUGAGGAAUUUGUUGUGGAAAAAGUACUCGACCAACGUAUUGUCAAUGGGAAAGUAGAAUUCUUCCUGAAGUGGAAAGGAUUUACAGAUGCGGACAAUACCUGGGAGCCAGAGGAGAACCUUGAUUGUCCAGAGCUGAUUUCAGGGUUUUUGGAAGCACAGAAGAAUGUUAAGGAGAAGCCUGCUCCCGUUAAGAGGAAGGCAUCAACAGAUGAGCCAGAGACGGAAGCCAAGAAGAAGGAUGUGGCUGAGAAGCCACGUGGCUUUGCAAGGAACCUCGACCCAGAACGGAUCAUUGGCGCAACAGACAGUAGUGGGGAGUUGAUGUUCUUGAUGAAAUGGAAAGACUCAGAUGAAGCAGAUUUGGUCCCAGCCCGUGAGGCCAACACUCGCUGCCCUCAGGUGGUGAUUUCCUUCUAUGAGGAGAGACUGACAUGGCAUUCCUGUCCAGAGGAUGAAGCUCAGUAGUACUUCCCUCUGGUCCCUACAGUCCCUUGCACCACCUACGCCCUUUCCUCAGGACUGAAUGUUUCUCAUUUGGCUUGCCUUCUAGUUUUAGCUGUCUUAGUUAUUUUUGAAGAUGUUUCAACCCUCGCAUUGUGUCAGUCAAGGAGAGCUAUGAUGUACAUAUUAGCUGAACUGAUUCUGAGAGCAGGGGAUGGUGCUGUGAUGUAUACUGAAGUCUUCCAGUAUCAUGAUUUCUGUGAUGGCAGUUUGGAAAGCACACUCUCGGAUAGAACCCACCACCGCCCAUGUUCAUACCUGGUAAAAUUUAGUAAAUUCUGAAUGGUGACUUUGCUCUGUUAAGCUCUCCACCACCUCUUGUAUAACCAUCUCAAUCUCAUGUAAGAAUUUUUUUUUUUUGUUUUUUUUGUGGUGGUGUUUUUGUUCCACACUAGUACUAAUGUUUUGUUCUAAAAGUGCAUUUUGUAUACUCUGCCUGUAAAUAUUAUUUGAAGUUCUAAUAAAGGUUUUAUGUGACCAAA